GUUGCAUUCCGGCUUCAAAGAUACCGAACGACUGGCCGCAGCAGGCACGCGAGCCUCUUCAGGAUGUCCGAGAAGAGGAGAUCUUUCCACCUGCAGUCUUCGCAGAGCCGCCAGCGGCUGCCUACGCUCGCCGAGGUCCUCGCGCGGCGGACCGCGCCUCCCGUUGACCUUUACUGCUUUUACCUCUUCCUGCAGCGCGAAGGUGCUGAAGACUCGCUCGACUUUUGGCUCGACGUACAGCAGCACGAGAACCUAUGCCGAGCGUACUUCAAGGACCUGAGGAAGAGCGGGCGAAGCGUCAAGGAUGACUGGCCGGGAUACUGGCGAGAAGCGCGGGAGCGUGGGAGCAUCUACAAUAAGAUCAACGGUGUCGACGAAGACAUUAUCAGUGCGGACGCUGCCGUGCUGGAGACGGGGGCGCUAGGCCAGAAGAAUGCUUCCGGAGAAGAGCACGAGCAGCAGCACAGGGGCGACUUCGAGUCGGCUGCGCAAGAGGGCCAGCAAGGCACGGUGGAUGAGUUUGGGGGGAAUCGGCCAUCGACGAGCAUGUCCCAUGGCCCUCGUUUCCCCGGUGAUCCAGACUUUCCACCGCAGGCGACCCGCUCAGAGCGUCGGUCCAUGCUGGCAAAGCGGGCAUCACUCGCACCGACCGUCAUUUCACGCAAUGCAGCGAUCACACGCACAGACCUUAUCGCUUCAGCAGAACGCAUCUACGCGCGAUAUCUGCUGCCAGGGUCAGAGAAGGAGAUUUAUUUACCCUCAACGCUGAGGAUCAACAGCUUCCCGAUCUCGAGCAAUGCGCUUCCCCACCCACAGGAUGAAGAGAGUCAGCAGGCGCUCGCCAGGGUUCCAGACAUGUUCCAUGCUCCGAAAGAAUACGUCUUUCGGACGAUGGAGGCGGACAUUUUCCCUCGCUUCCUGCGUGCCAAGGCAUUUGGCAACCUGACGCCCAUUUCCUCGCUCGUACGUCUCAUCCUCGGCUUAUUAGCCCUUUGGGCUGCAUUGGCCACGGGGUUCAGCUUCAUUUUCCUCGAUGUGCACAGACAGAAACGGCUAUGGGUUAUUCUGCCAUUCUCAAUCGCGGUCCUUCUUCUCUUUUCACACCAAUACGAGCUGGACCCGCUCCUCGUCAUUCUCUUCUGCCGAUCCGAAACAACACCGUUCAAGACGAUUAACAUCCACGAGCGCUACGUCCGCAGCUUGCUGUAUAAGCGCGCUCUCGGCAUCCUUGCCCUCGUCACGCUCGUCACUUCUGUCCUCACUGUCAUUUUCGUCUUCGUCCCGGGCCACCGGCUGUGAUGCGUGCCAGUCGGAGUAGCAAGAGUCCCCCGCCAGCACCGUGAUGCAGACAUCUCCCAACUACGCACGUUCCUUUACUGUUCAGUCAUACCCGCCACCUCACCUUGUAUGUAUUCACGGGCACGCAGAAAAUGAUAAUCGGUCGGCUUGUUCAGG